UUUAAGUCUACUUAUUUACUUGAGUAGUUGAUCUUCUGCCUUAUUUUCCCCACCAAACAUACAUUCCCCAUUAUUAGAAAGUGAGAAAAUCAUAAAGAAUUACACAAAAUAUUCACAUGAGGGGGUUAGUUCGAUUAGACUCAUCUCAUAAACCACAUCCAUUUUGGAAGAAAAUCAACCACAUUUACACAUUAACCCUAAUCACCUUCUUAUGUUCUUGCUCUUAUCUUCUAGGUGUAUGGCACGGCGGCGGAGGCGGAGCUACCACCUCCGCCGCAAUCAUCACAUGUAGUACAAAAAACUCCUCAAACCCGAGUUUGGCCUCGGGUUUGAACUCGGGUUCUAUAGACUUCUCCCCCCAUCAUGUUUCCAAAGAGGCUACAUCAAUGUCAUCGGGUCAAGGCCCGUCGGGUCCUACUUACCCGGUUUGUAAUAUGACUUUUAGUGAGCACACCCCAUGUCAAGAUCCAGUAAGAUCAUUAAAAUUAGACCGGACCCGGAUGAUGCAUUUAGAGCGGCAUUGCCCGAAGAAAACAGAUCUUGUAAAGUGUCGGAUUCCAGCUCCAUACGGGUAUAAAAGACCUUUUAAGUGGCCCGUUAGUAGAGACUAUGCUUGGUAUAAUAAUGUUCCUCAUAAACAGUUAGCGGUUAAGAAAUCGGGUCAGAAUUGGAUCCAGUUUGAAGGAGAUCGGUUUAAGUUUCCGGGUGGUGGUACUAUGUUCAGGUUUGGGGCUGAUGCUUAUAUUAAUGAGAUUGCUAAGUUGAUCAAUCUUGAUGAUGGGUCUAUUAGAACUGCCAUUGAUACUGGUUGUGGGGUAGCAAGUUGGGGGGCCUACUUGUUGUCAAGGAACAUAUUGCCAUUGUCAUUUGCACCAAGAGACACCCAUGAAGCUCAAGUUCAAUUUGCCCUAGAACGAGGAGUUCCCGCUUUGAUUGGAAUUAUGUCUUCAAAGAGACUUCCUUAUCCAUCUAGAGCUUUCGAUAUGGCUCAUUGUGCUCGUUGCCUUAUUCCAUGGGACAAUUAUGAUGGAUUAUACUUGAUAGAGGUUGAUAGAAUACUCCGACCCGGUGGAAUUUGGGUAUUAUCCGGCCCACCAAUUAAUUGGAAGAAGAACUGGAAAGGGUGGGAUAGGAGCAAAGAAGAUUUGAAUGCAGAACAAACUAGAAUUGAGACUUUAGCCCAUAAACUUUGCUGGAAGAAAGUCACAGAAAAGGAUGAUAUUGCUAUUUGGCAAAAACCAUUCAAUCAUCUCAAAUGCCAACGCACACAAGAACAUAACCCGAACCCGCCUUUAUGCUCUGCCCAAGACCCGGAUGAUGCAUGGUACAAAAAUUUAAAGACAUGUCUGACUCCUUUACCGGAAGUCUCAGAGAAUGAAGAAGUUGCAGGAGGACAAUUAGCAAAAUGGCCAAAAAGAUUGAACACGAUUCCACCCAGAAUUAGGUCUGGAUCAGUAAAAGGAGUCGUCCCGGAAAAUUUCCGAGACGACGUAAAAUUAUGGAAGAAAAGAGUUUUGUAUUAUAAGAAGGUGAAUAAUGAGCUGAAACAGAAGGGAAGGUAUAGGAAUGUUCUAGAUAUGAAUGCAAAAUUAGGUGGUUUUGCUGCAGCUUUGGUGGAUGAUCCUGUUUGGGUUAUGAAUGUUGUUCCUAUUGAAGCUAAGGUUGACACUCUUGGUGUUAUAUUUGAAAGAGGGUUAAUUGGAACUUACCAAAGUUGGUGUGAAGCAAUGUCUACGUAUCCACGAACGUAUGAUUUUAUUCAUGCUGAUUCGAUUUUUACACUAUAUAAAGACAGGUGUGAGAUAGAAGACAUAUUGCUAGAAAUGGACAGGAUAUUAAGGCCAGAAGGGAGUGUAAUAUUUAGAGAUGAUGUUGAUGUUUUGGUGCAAAUUAAGAAAAUAACUGAUGCAUUACAAUGGAAUAGCCGUAUAGUAAACCAUGAAGAUGGGCCCCUUCAAAGGGAGAAACUUCUCUUUGCAACCAAGUCUUAUUGGACUGCCCCCAAGCCCAAUUAAUUAAAAUAUAUAGUCCUUAAUUAGUUUAAUAGUUAGUAUUAUUUUAUCAUAAAAUUUUCUUAUUUAUAUAGUAUUUAAUUUGUAGUUUUUAUAUAGGUAUUUGUAAUGCCAUGAUUGGUAUUCAAUGUUGAUGAGUUUAAUAUUGUCUCAUGAUAAACUAUUGUGAGAUUUUGGUGAUUAUUUAUCUAUUUAU